ACGAUCCAGAUUAGAGGAAAAGAUCAAAAAGGUUCACAAUUUUGGAGGAAGAUUAUGGAAGAGUUCGUUAAAAGAUAUCCUAUUGGUGGAGAGAGGGAUAAAAAGCCAUUGCAAUCAAGGUGUAACACGUUGAGAUCCGAAGUGAGAAGAUAUAUUUCACACAUUAGACUCUACUUCCGAAACAGACCUACGGGAUUGACAGUCCAGGAUUAUUACCAUCAUGGAAAACAAAAUUAUGAAGCAGAAUUUAAUAGACCUUGGAAACAUGAAUUGGUUUUCCAACUCCUGAAGACCUAUCAACCAGACUACAAUCCAGAAGUGAAUAAUGAUGAUGUAACUACUCAAAACACUCAACCUACUCAAGACAAUGAAGCUGGUACUUCUGUUCCAGUAACUAUGGAUGAAGAUUUAGAGUAUAUGAUAAUGUUUGGUAGCUCACCAUCUACUCCUGGUUCUGAAACCUCGGACAUAUCUCGUAGAAGACGUUAUUUCAGACAAACAUAUGAUGUUAGAGGUGCAGGGAGAGAUUCUUCAUAACGAAGGGCUCGUGAGGCUAAAGCAUCGCAGAGGGCAGAUGACAAAAUGGAUAAGCUCGUAGAACUUCUUGAAAAAUCGCAAGCACAAAGAGCUUCAAAGUAUGAAACAGAGGAAGCGUACCUUAAGAAGCACAUGGAAAACUCUACAAUCUUGGCACAAAUCCAACAAAGAGAAAGUGACUUGAAGAUCCUACGCCAAAAUUUGGAUGAAGUAGCGGGUUGCGAGAAACCCCUCCACAAAAAAUGGAGGAACAAAAUUUUGGUCUAUAAUGGCUUGGAACC